CGUUAAACCGGUCAGGCUAACAUGAGUUGUUAGCGUCCACAGGCCACUUUAUUUUCUUAAUAAAUACAUAACUAGAUAUUUAAAUGCCCGGACACACACAUCGGAGCGGUGUUUAAGGGUUUAUUUUUUCAUUCUGCCCUCAAUAGAGUCUUUAUUCAGCCCGCUGACGACCGUUCAUUGCAGACAUGUCUUCAGAGGGGUAUCAGUCACCAGCAGUGAAAACUACCGCCGAAACCAGCUUAAAUAUACACGAAACACAGGGAGCCAGCCUUGGGAAGACACCCAUACAGAUCCUGCACGAAUAUGGCACUAAAAGUGGUAACCUUCCCGUGUACGUGAUGGAGAAAGCUGAAGGAGAAGCUCACCAGCCCAGCUUCGUCUUCAGCGUGACCGUCGGAGAUAUCAGCUGCACAGGUCAAGGUCCCAGUAAAAAGGCUGCUAAACAUCUGGCUGCAGAGGCCGCGCUGAACAUGCUGCACAUAGAUGCUGGAACAGUGAAUGUUCCUGGGAAGUCUGACAGUAACGGUGUUGCAGCAGAAACAAACAACCAUCCCAACUCUGUGGGCAUACUGCAGGAGUUAGCGUUGCAAAGAGGAUGGCGUCUUCCUGAAUACUCAAUUUUGACGGAGGCUGGUCCACCACACAAGAGAGAGUUCACUGUUACCUGUCGAAUGGAGUCGCUGUCAGAGAAGGCUAUAGGAAAUUCCAAAAAAGCAGCAAAAAAGGCAGCUGCAGAGAAAAUGGUGGCAAAGCUUCAAAGUCUGUCGGGCUGUUCUGAAAUCACAUGGGCUCCUAAGCUAAGUGUCCGGUUUGAUAACUUAAGGAACUCAGCAGCAGAGAAGAUGUCUUCACUGAGAAGAAACCCGCUGAGCAUUCCUAACACGGAUUACAUUCAGAUGAUGUUGGAGCUUUCCGAAGAGCAAGGCUUUGAGGUCACGUACUUCGAUAUUGAUGAACUGACGGUGAACGGCCAGUACCAGUGCCUGGCAGAGCUGUCCACCUCCCCCGUCACCGUGUGCCACGGCACGGGCCUCUCCUGUAGCAACGCACACAACGACGCAGCACACAGCGCCCUGCAGUACAUCAAGAUCAUGGUCUCCAGCAAAUAGACCCCACCGGCCGUCUCUUCAAUUACACUGUCACAUCUAUCAGCUGAUGCCCAGUCAUUAUGAAGUCUUCCUGUGAUAUCAGGUCCAGGUAUAUUUUUGUAACCAUGCAUUUCACGAAGCAGAUCCAAGUCCACAGUAACUGAAGCUACAUUGACUUUAGUCGUGCAACUUUAUUUGUAUUUGUGAGGAAACUUAUGUAAAGUUAAGAAUCAAAGACGAAUUCAGUUUGUCAUCAUGUUAAGAUGCCAAAACGUUUCACUGUAGAUGUUUAUGUAAAUGUGUAAAUGAAGCAGGAAACAACAAAUGAAUAUUAUGAAAGACUUAUUAUCUUUUUUUACAUGCAUAGUUUGAGCCGUCACUGUUUUAAAAGUUCACGUUGUUACAGUAUUGUUUUAGUGAGAACACUUGGACCUCUUUUUCAUCUCAUUGCAAACGAUUUCUUUUUCAGUUGAAUGCUUUUUUCCACAUAGUUUCUCAACAGUGAUGUAUUCAGAGAGGAAAUGGAAUUUUGUAAGAAUGGGUGGGCUUCAUUUUGAUCCACUUAGAAAUAUCAUUUAUUUUUCCAUAUUUCCACUCUUCCACCUUCCAGUAUUCAAUCUGCAGAACAACCCCGCUGUCUUUAUCUGGUUGACUUUUAAAAUAGAUAACCUACUGCUUUAUAUUCCUCACUGGUUUGUGGCCAUUUUUCUUUGCAGUGUGCCUCAUACGAUCUAGAAGUAAAACGUGAUAUAUUUAAUAAAUUUAACUGAGUGCUGUUUAAACCGAACCCUGGUGGAGAGUAAUAGCAGCAACAUGUGUAUGACUCCUGAAAAAUAAAUCUGAACACUAAAUGUUAA